AUGGGUCGCAGCGCAAAGUUUUAUAAACGGACGGACAAGAAAAAGACCAGUAGCGCAGGAUCAGCCCCUAGAUCCGCUGUCCAAUCUGCGCCCAAACCCAAAACUGCCGUCUCUGCCCCCACGCCGAAGGAGCAGAAGAAGCGCACCGGCUUGAAAGAGAAGGCGAAAGCGCACAAGAGCAAGCGCGAGGGCGACAUACCUGUGCUCGGCGGCGCGGACUACGUGGAGCUCAUGCUUGGAGGGAGACGUAAAGCGGCAGCGGAGGCGGCGAAGCUUCCCAAGGACCCCGACUCGUAG